AUGGCUCUCAAGCUUGAUAUGAGUAAAGGUUACGACAGGGUGGAAUGGGAUUACUUGCAGGCUUUGAUGUUAAAGAUGGGGUUUCAUCCUAAGUGGGUUGAUCUCAUCAUGGUAGGGAAUUCUUCUGUAUCCUAUUCUGUCUUGGUUAAUGGAGUUCCUUCAGGUUUUAUCAGACCUUCUCGAGGCAUUUGUCAGGGGGAUCCCCUAUUGCCCCACUUAUUCUUCUUAUGCACUGAAGGUUUCUCGGCUUUACUAAGGAACAUUGCUCAUCAUAGACAGUUACAUGGGGUCAGCAUCUCUCGUGGAGGUCCUCAGAUCACCCAUCUCCUAUUGGCAGAUGAUAACUUACUGUUUGGUAAUGCUUAUAUAUUUGAGUGUCACACUAUCAAGGAAAUUCUUCAUGUUUUUGAAUUGGCAUCAGGUCAGAAAAUAAAUUGCAAUAAAACCUCAAUAUUUUUUAGCACCAAUACUCUUCUUGCUUUAAGGGAGGACAUUAGGCGUUUCUUAAAUUCUACUGCCAAUAAGCCACUUGAAAAAUAUUUGGGGUUACCUCUAAUUAUUGGAAGAGGGAAGAAACAAGCUACUAUCACAGACAUGUAG